UGAAACUGGUUAGUCAAUGUUGUCUUAAUAUUGUUGACAAUUCUGUAAAGUUUCUUUUUAUGAGUAUUUCUGUUUAAGCUAUUUCACCUUUGUUUUGAAAUCCUUCCCUUUUAGGAGAAAAUGUGACACUUGUGAAAAAGCUUGUAAGAAAGCCCCUGUUCCGCGAACCUUUUUUUUUUUUCCUUUAAACCUUUAAAUGACAAAAAUCUUCUAGGUAAUUAAGGUUGUGAAUUUUUAUUUUUGCUUUGUUUUUAAUGAACAUUUGUCUUUCAGAAUAGGAUUGUGUGAUAAUGUUUAAAUGGCAAAAAAAAAUGAUUUUGUGCAAUUAACAAAAAGCUACUGCAAGCAAAAUAAAACGUUUCUUGGUAACACAACUGUGACUGACUACCUGGGCAGUGAGCACCGCCUGCGCCCAGACUCGAGCGCCGCGCGGGUGGGGGCCGCGCUGGGACUGCCGGCCGGCGCGCGGAGGGCGAGGCCGGGCGGGGACAGGCUGCCCCGCCGGCCAAUCGCCAGGGACGGUGAAAGCCGGGCCCCCGCCGGCCAAUCAGUGAGCGCGAGCGGAGCAGGGCGCCCUAUCAGAGCCGGGGAGGGGCGGGCAAGCGGCCACCGCCCGCGUCGGAAAGCUGAGGUGGAGGCGGCGCCCCUCGCGCAGCUCCGAGGCGGGUGGCAGCGGCGGCCCCACGCCGCAGGCAGCCUGACCCUGGGCGACCGCUCGGCCAGUCGGCGGCGGGGGAGGGGCUGGGCCCGGGCGCCGCGGGCGCACUCACGGCGGGUGGACCCCGCCUCGGGCGGGCGGCGGCGAUGGCGACGGCGAUGGCAGCGACGGCGGCAGAGCGGGCGGUGCUGGAGGAGGAGUUCCGCUGGCUGCUGCACGACGAGGUGCACGCGGUGCUCAGGCAGCUGCAGGACAUCCUCAAGGAGGCCUCUCUCCGCUUCACUCUGCCGAGCUCUGGUACCGGCACCGAGGGGCCUGCCAAGCAGGAGAACUUCAUCCUUGGCAGUUGUAGACCAGGUGAAGGGCGUGCUGACUCUGCAAGGGGACGCACUGAGCCAGGCGGACGUGAACCUGAAGAUCCCGCGGAACAACCAGUUGCUGCACUUUGCCUUCCGAGAGGACAAGCAGUGGAAGCUGCAGCAGAUCCAGGAUGCCAGGAACCACGUAAGCCAGGCUAUGUACCUCCUUGCCAACCGGGAUGAAAGCUACCAGUUCAGGACAGGAGCAGAGGUCCUCAAGCUGAUGGAUGCUGUGAUGCUGCAGCUGACCAGAGCCCGCAACCGCCUCACCACCCCAGCCACCCUUACUCUGCCUGAGAUCGCUGCCAGUGGCCUCACACGGAUGUUUGCCCCUGCCCUGCCCUCCGACCUGCUUGUCAACGUCUACAUCAACCUCAACAAGCUCUGCCUCACCGUGUACCAGCUGCACGCCCUGCAGCCCAAUUCCACCAAGAACUUCCGCCCAGCUGGAGGCGCCGUGCUCCACAGCCCUGGGGCCAUGUUUGAAUGGGGCUCCCAGCGUCUGGAGGUGAGCCACGUGCACAAGGUGGAGUGUGUGAUCCCAUGGCUCAACGAUGCCCUAGUCUUCUUCACUGUCUCCCUGCAGCUCUGCCAGCAACUCAAGGAUAAGAUCUCUGUGUUCUCCAGCUACUGGAGCUACAGGCCUUUCUGAGCAGAACACCCAAGAGCCUGACCCCCAGGGAAAUGGCCCUUGUCUCCCUCCCCUGUCCCCCCAGGAAUGUUGGCCAGAGCCAGAACCGGGCAGCAUGGGCUAUUUAUUUCCCUCUUUGCCCCAUCCUGUCCAUCACAUUUGCACAAAUGGAAAUGAACACUGGAAACGCUGAAAGACAGGGAUGCUGGCUUGCUUUUCAUUUUGCAGGGGUGGGAGCGGGGGGUCGGGAAGGUGGGCGGUCAGGGAGGCAGAGCCCAGAGGUGGCCCACAUUCCAAACCCUGCCUUCCUUGCACAGUGGCAACCUUUGGACCCAGGGUGGGGCCAGGCCCAGGGCUUUCCUUCCCCAUCCUUUUCCUGCCUUCUGAGCUGCCCCAAGAUGAUGAGAGGCAGCCCAUGGAGGGUGAGGAGAGGGUGGUGGCCCUAAGCUGUGAGCCGGGAGGGCAGAUGGAAACUGCCCACAAUGAGCUGUGGCGCCCUCGCAUUUAUUUGCUCCACAUCCCCGACAAGGCCUCCAGGAAAUAAAGAUCAUCUGACUUUA